GGGUAUUCCCAGGCUUCUAGGAUAUAAGUCCAGGCGGCGUUAAUUCUUUAUGCAAAGCAGAUUAACGCAAGAGCGUCGAGAAAAAAGUAAUCGAGUGAUAACAACUGACAAAGAAGAGUCUCAUCAUGAUACAAGUACAAGAAAUCGUGCUUAGCACAGUUCUACUAUUAUGCUUGACAGCAUUAUCCAAGUGUCAGUACGAAGUGAUCAACACUGGUCGAUUCGGAAUCAUCCGGAAUACAAUUGAGCUAGAAUGCAGAAUCAAUGGUGCGGCAUUGCAAGAAGCUGUCUUUUGGCUCAAUCGAGUCAGCAGAGAGAAUGAGUUACUAGCAUUGGGAGUUGACGUGACUGUACGUCCAGAUGGUCGAAUCGUGUUUCAGAUUACAAGAGAACUGGAGGGAACAUUCUUUUGUGGACAAAAUCUAGAGAAUUUCGGUCGAGUUGGAAAACAGCUGAUUGCUUAUCCUAACCGGUUCAUACCACCAAAUAAUGAACGGACUUUUUUUGCCAAGGUUGGCACCACUGCUCGCUUGCGUUGCUCCAUUCUGCCUGGGGCACUCAGGGCACAGUACUUUGCAGACUGGAGAAAUGCCACAAGCUCUAUAGAGGUCGCUAGACUCGAUGGACCACGACCCUCCCCUCCUUUCUCCACCACUCCGGACCCUAGAUUCAUGGUUGAUGAGACGACGUUUUCCCUCAUCAUUGAGUCAGUGAGUCUAUCUGAUGCGGGUAGAUACCAGUGUGUGCUCGGUGUGAGGGACCCGGCCGGUCUACGUCUUAUCUAUCCCCAAACUGAGACACUCGACCUGACACUCAUCGUCUAUCAGGCUCCAAUAAUCACCGAGUCUCCGGAGAACCGCAUCAUUGCUCUUGAUGACAACAUACCGAACCAAAGUGCCACCUUCCAUUGUCAAGCAAGAGGGCAACCAAAGCCUGAAAUCGAAUGGCUGCACAACUCACAAGAAAUUGAAAACGAUUUGAACUCAGACACAACUGGGAAAUACGUAGUACGUACAGAUGCUGCGAGUACACCAACUGGAGAUUACAUUGUCAGUAGUUGGUUGACUGUUAACACAGUGGAUGCCUUUGAUGCGGGUGAGGUGGUGUGCAGUGUAAUGGCCGAUGAUGAUGAACUACCUACUGAUCUACAGACGGUUCAGACAACGACUCAACUAGCUGUAAUUGGGAGCUUUAGCAGUUUGGACCUACUAAUUUCCACAAAUGGCGACAUCAUAUUCAAACUAAGACUACCUUCUCCUAUUCUGGUUCCUGUGCAGCUAUCUAUCAUCUACAUUGACGCUAAUGACAACAGAAGAAUCUCUCCAAGGGUAACAGAAAAUGCGUACAACGGUACAGACCUAAUCACUCAUUUGGAGCCAAGUUUUCAAGUCCCCACUGAUUUCAACACUGUGAGGAUCAGAAUAGCCCUGCGGUAUCAAAGGCUACAAGGACCAUUCAAUGAAUCGGCACUUACAUUUGAUCUCCGACGUCCAAAUUUUUUCACAGAGGAGGAGGCCAGUGUCUGGAAUGUGGCUAUAAUCAGUAUAGCUGGAUCAGUCAUUGCGAUCUGUGUAGUCAUCGCUGUUUUGGUCACAUUGCUAACUUGCAUCGCAUGUCGACACACGAUGAAGCGCAAACAUACCAGUCACAUGGCAGACAUUGCUAGAAUGGAAGCAGGUCAUAACCAAAUUCUAGCAGAAAAACAUAGCGAUAAUCAAGCAGAAUUGAACAUACUUCGAGAAAACCAUGAGCAGAUUAUUAAAAAACUUGAUGAAAAUAAUGAAGCAAAACUGAAUACAUUGAAAGAAGAAAACGAUGCAGAAAUUGAAAGACGCACUCUUGAAUAUGAAAGAAACCAAGAAUCAACAAAUCAAAAAUACAAACAUGAGCUUAUGUUACUCGAAGCAAAACAUGAACACGAAACUAGACUGAAACUCUUGGAUAUGUAUUCCGAUAAAAUGUCAGCUUGCAAUGGUGGGGGCUUUAAAAUUACUUAUAUAGUUGGUAAAACAGAAAUAUCAAUUGAAAAGAAGAACACCAGUUGUGGGGAUAUGAUAGAUGGACCACAUACAAUGUACACAGCACAAGCAGUGGAUAAGCGACCAAUGUUACUCAGAGGAGAGAGUAUCGACUAUGGGAGCAACUUCCAGUUAGAGCAAGAGUGUGUGAUUGACUGUUUCAAGAAUAUUGUGGAAGCCAGUAUGAAAGACUCAAGGAUUGGACCAACACUACGGAGAUUAGUAUCAACUGACCAAUUAGAAAGAUAGCUAUAGUUAUUGUUAGUAGAAUUUUUUAAACUUCACUUAUUUUGUUCAACACUUGUUCACUGUAAACUCACUAUAAAUUAUUAACAAUCAUGAAAAAUG